GUUGAUAUUGAUGGAAGAAGAAGAACAGGAUGGACGCUCAACUUCUCCUCUUCAGAAGGCAAUACCUUCAGCUGUUCGAGCCCGACUUUCUCGCCUGGCCACCAAAGCAAUUACUACGAGAUUCGGCAGUCCAAGCGUGGCUCUACAAACACCUUUUUGACUGCGAGAAGAACCGGUAUCUACCACCGCCGCGAUAUCAGCUGCGAGUGCUCAAACCGCUCCUUGCCAAGAUUGAGAAGUCCAUCGAAGAUCCAGAAGAAGAUGAGAUAUCUGAUGAUCUCAUGAACCACUUGGGUGCGCUUAUAUCAGCAGAUUUGCCUGAAGAAGCCACAGCAGUGCAACAAAAAACCUAUGUAACAUUUACAUGUCUGCCGCCUACUGCUACCAUCACCGAGGACUAUCGAGACGAGCCCACAAUCACAUUACUAGAAAGGCCCCAGCUAUUAUCUGGCUCGCUCACUACAGGCUUUAGAACGUGGGAGGCCGCUCUCCACCUGGGCUCGUAUUUACUGCUGCCAGAGAAUCGUGAUUUAAUCAGAGGCAAAAAUGUUCUUGAGCUUGGAGCAGGUACUGGAUUCCUAGCGAUUCUCGCAGCGAAACAUCUGGAGGCGAACCAUGUCACGACUACAGAUGGCGAUGAAGGUGUGGUAGAAGCGCUUAAAGAGAACCUCUUCCUGAACAAUCUCGAUGACGAGAAGAAAGUUCUGACCAGCGUGUUGCGCUGGGGAUGGGGAUUAAUAGGCACCUGGGUGGAAGAGGACUGUGAUGCGUAUCCUUACGAUGUGAUUCUUGGCACUGAUAUUACAUAUGACAAAGCCGCCAUCUCGGCUCUGGUCGCUACUUUGCGUCUCCUAUUUGACAUGAGACCAAAACUCCAUGUGCUCAUUUCGGGAGUGGUCAGGAACCUGGAUACCUUCGAAACCUUCCGACAUGCUUGUUUACGCAACAAGUUCGAGGUGGUGGAAAUUGACUUUCAUCCCAAGUCUAUCGAACAGCAGACGUCUCUGUUCUAUCAAAAAGCUUUUCCGAUCAAAAUUCUGUCAAUCAGAAAGCCAUGCUAGCAGGGAUUGUAUAUCUCUGGAUUACUGUCUCAUUUGGGACGGCCGAGACAUCUGCCACGAUUCGUGAUUUGAGAGAGACUAACACUCCAACGAAAAUGGAAGACGCUGCCGCAGACGUGUUCCUCUAGACACCCAAUUUUCGAACGCGAUCCGGGAAAUCCGGGACCUUGGCUGGCUAUCCCACAGCGUACAGCGCUACAUUAUAUAUUGCAUGAACAGGUAUACAGAGUAUGUGCUAAAAUCUAUCACUGAACUCUCACUCGUAUGAGAGGAUGUUCGACCAAGGAGCCGUAUAGGUGAGAGGUAAUGCCUGAGCUUGGUCGAGAAGUGGGAUCAAACGUGUGCAAGGAAGGUGGAACUGAUUGGUAUUGAAGAUUGCAGAACUGUGGUCCUGAAGAUCUGUGGGGCCAGUGGGAACAAGCUCGCCGGUAUGUUCGGACUCUGGAAUAGCAUUCAUGAUUGAGGGUUGGCCGAAUAGCGUAAGCACUUGUUGCCUAGUCUCGAGUGAAGUAA